GCGCAGGCUGGUGCACGUGAAGAAGAAAAAUAAAAGGAGGAGGAGAGAAGUGUCUUGUGUAGCUUUUUUUUCAAAAAAGUUAAAAAUGAAAAAAAGUUCCCAUCAAAUCCUUAUUUAAUAUUUUAUUAAAUAAAAAAAUCAAAAAUAGAAAAAACUCUCUUCCAGAUACACUCUCUGUCAGUCUGUCUGCCCAAUAUGCUCUGCUCACUGGUCCUCCAUCCCCAUUUGCCAGAUAGAAUUUUUGAAGAUACAUAAACACAAAUAGAAAGAAUGCAGCUUCUCACCCCUCGACCUGCAAAUUCUUCCUCUCUCACCCCUCUGAUUUUCCUGGACAGAGCCGCCACCGUCUACGGUGACUGCCCCUCCGUCGUAUACAACACCACUACCCACACUUGGUCCCAGACCCGCUGCCGACGCCUCCAGCUCGCCUCCUCCCUCAUCACCUGCCUCGGCAUCUCCCCCGGCGACGUCGUCUCCGUCGUCGCCCCCAACGUCCCCGCCAUGUACGAACUCCACUUCGCCGUUCCCAUGUCCGGCGCCGUCCUCAACUGCAUCAACACCCGCCUCGACCCCCGCACCAUCUCCGUUCUCCUCCGCCACUGCGACUCCAAGCUCGUCUUUGUCGACUGCCUCUCUCGCUCCCUCGUCCUCCAAGCACUCUCCCUGUUCCCCCCAUCCACGCGCGGUCCACUCCUCGUCUUCAUCCCGGACGAAUCCGACACGGACACCGCCGCCGUGUCAUCCGAAAUCAAUGCCACCGCUGAUUUCUGCGCCACGUACGAGAGUUUGAUCGAGAAGGGCGACCCCGGGUUCGAGUGGGUCCGACCCAAAAGCGAGUGGGACCCGAUCACGCUCAACUACACCUCCGGAACGACGUCGUCUCCAAAGGGGGUGAUCCACUGCCACCGUGGGGUUUUCAUCAUCACCGUCGAUUCGCUCAUCCAGUGGUCGAUGCCCACACAGCCCGUUUUUCUCUGGACCCUUCCCAUGUUUCACGGCAACGGGUGGAGCUACACGUGGGGGAUGGCCGCCGUCGGCGGCACCAACAUCUGCAUCCGGAGGUUCGACGGCGCAUUCAUCCGCCGCGCCAUAACCACCUACGGCGUAACCCACAUGUGCGUCGCACCCGUGGUGCUCAACAUGCUCUCCAAUGCAGACCCGAACCCGAUCCAGACCCCUGUCCGGGUCCUAACCGCUGGGUCUCCACCGCCGGCCACCGUGCUCCUCCGGACCGAAUCUCUCGGCUUCAUCGUUUCACACGGUUACGGGUUAACCGAGACAGCGGGAAUCGUCGUCUCCUGCGCGUGGAAAGAGCAGUGGAACCGGCUGCCGGCGACGGAGAGGGCAAGGCUGAAGGCGAGACAAGGAGUGAGGACGAUCGGGAUGACCCAGGUGGACGUGGUGGAUCCCAAGUCGCGUAAGAGCGUGAAGCGAGAUGGAUCGUCUUUGGGGGAGAUCGUUAUGCGGGGCGCGAGUAUCAUGCUGGGGUAUCUGAAGGACCCGGUGGCGACGGCGAAAUCCAUGAGAGACGACGGGUGGUUCUACACCGGCGACGUGGCCGUGAUGCACCCAGACGGGUAUUUGGAAAUAAAAGACAGGUCGAAGGAUGUGAUCAUUAGCGGUGGGGAGAAUCUGAGCAGCGUGGAGGUGGAGUCGCUGCUGUACACGCAUCCGGCGGUGAAUGAGGCAGCGGUGGUGGCGCGGCCGGACGAGUACUGGGGGGAGACGCCGUGCGCGUUCGUGAGCUUGAGGCCGGAGGCGACGGGGACGACGGAGAAGGAGAUAAUGGAGUACUGUAGGGCGAGGUUGCCGCACUAUAUGGCGCCGAAGACGGUGGUGAUCAAGGAGGAACUUCCCAAGACUUCCACCGGGAAGAUCCAGAAGUUUGUGCUCAGGGAGAUGGCGCAGUCACUAGGUCCGGCGAAGGCGAGUCGGCUCUAGCCUCUGGACCAGGAGGCGUGUGGGUUGACCUCGCCGAGUGGACUCACUGGGUUAAUUAUGAGAAAACACAUUCAUAUACUGCACAUAUGAAGUUUAUAAAUAGGAAAAACAGUGAAGGCAUUUUCCAAAUAGCUAAAGUUGCUAAAUAUGUCCAGAGUGCAACGACCUUAUGCUUAAAAGCAGGAUUCAUAUAGUGUAACGUUCCAACAGCCUUUUCUUUUGGGAUUGAUUAAGCUUGAUGCUGUUGCGAAAAAUUGGGGCACGAAGCUGGGCGGUUUUCUUUCGGCGCAAUUUAGCAAGCUUGAUUGUGGAGUGCGCCGUUCCUGAUUGUUCUUCAAGAUUGUUGGAUUCAUCAAGCUUCUCUUCUGUUUUUGCAUUAUCUCUUUGUUUUGUUGGGGAUUUUGUAAAGAGUGAUGCUGUUUGUGCGAAGUAUUGGUUCUUCAGGAAGUUGUUUUUGAAAUAUUUGUUUUUGAUUCUGAAAAGGAAUGCUGAUAGUAUUAUCGAAAAGAGGCUGACUGUUAAAGGUGAUAUGGAGAUCGACAGAAACUCAUCUGAUGCAGCUAGGAUUCUGUUGAAACCUGAAAGUGCUGAUAAAGCUUCUGUUAAAUCCUCUGGCUGCGGUAGUAAGUCCUCUCUUUUAAAUUCUGAUUCAGAAGCUAAAUGUGAAAAUCAAAUGGAAGAAAAUGGAAGGAAGAAGGGGAGACCUCCAAAGAAACAGACUUUGUCUGAUGAUAACUCCAUGUUAAUUUCUAAUUGAUUUCAUGGUAGCUGGAAUGUGAGAGGCUUAAUGACCCUAUCAAAUAACAAGAAGUAAGCAGUUUUAUAUCUUCGAAUAAAAUUCAGAUGCUGGGACUAUGUAAUCCUGCUUUAUAUCAAAUUCAGUGUAGUUUUAUGAUUCCUAGAAUAUCAUCAUUAAGGGUACACCUAUGCUUGUUCUAUGUAGAAAAUCUAUUUUGAAAAAAAAUCUGAAGCUGUUCAACAA